UUUUUGCGCAUCAAGAUCGCUUGUAAUAAACUGUUUCAGUGACAACAAAAUCUUUGACAAUAUCCUGUGUGUGAACGGUCUCUUAUAUAUAUAUAUAGACCGACUAUGUUGUUAUGCCUGAGAAUUUGUAAUUAAGAACGAGUUUUUGGUGUUUUAAUAGGAUGAAAAUAAACGAGAAAAAUUUGUGUGUUUUUGCCACUUCUCCUCCCUUUGAUUGCGAAGGAUUUUUGAAUAAGCGGGGUGAAAUAAAUAAGGCUUUCCAAAGGCGAUAUUUUGUUCUGAAGGGAAAUUUAUUAUUUUAUUUUGAGAAAAAAGGAGAUAAAGAACCAUUAGGACUCAUAAUUGUGGAAGGUUGUACAAUAGAAUUAUCCGAAGAAAGCGAUCAGUACUGCUUCGAAAUAGCUUUCAAUGGCAACCGAACUUAUAUCUUAAGUGCAGAUUCGCAGGAAAUUAUGGAAAAUUGGAUGAAAGCGUUGACGUGUGCAGGUUAUGAAUACAAAAAAUUGGUUGUGGCGGAACUGCAGCGACAAUUAGAGGAAAUUGAAUUUUCUCGUAAUAAUUGUUGGCCAUUGGAAAACGGCAUUCCUCAAGGUUCGCCAUUAUCCGUCACUCUUUUUCUAGUUGCUUUUGACAGGCUGAGUCGAGUAAUAAAUGAAAACAAGUUCUUCAAACAUGUCUUCUACGCAGAUGACUUAUGUAAAUACGGCAGAGUAAAAAAUGUAACGGUCUUCCAAACCGAAUUUAAUAACCUCCUCGUAGAGAUAAUAAACUGGUGCAACGCUAGCGGAGCUAAGAUAUCCAUAGCCAAAUCUAAUCAUCUGCACAUUUGCAACAAACAUACUUGCCAAAGUUUUACUUUAAACCUAGGCGACACCUACAAAAAAAAUGUUACAACACUCAAGAUACUUGGCAUAUUCUUUAAUAAAAAAUACAACUGGAAUGAUCACAUGCUAAUUUACAAAAAUCACUACAAAGUAGACUCAAUAUAAUAAAAUGCCUAAGUAACAUCAAGCUGAAAAGUAGCACAAACUCACUUCUAAACAUUGUGAAAGCCAUUAUACUUGGAAAAAUCGAUUAUGGCCUGCCAUUUUAUAGCACCACGUCACCAGCAAAUCUAUCUAAAAUAUCAUCUGUUUACCAUUCUGCAGUUCGCUUGGCGUUGGGUGCCUUUCGCACCACUCCCACUCUCAACCUUCUCACCGAAGCGGGACUUCCACUCCUCAAAGAUAGGAUAAAUUAUAUUACCGGUUGUAUGGCAAUUAAACUUACGCAAAACAAUGACUCAGUGCUGAAAUCAUUAGUGAAAAAGAGACUAAAACGAAAACGUAAAACACGUAAGGAACCAACAAUAGAAAGACUAAUUGAGACAGCAAAAUACCAUGAUAUGCCACUGGAUCAUAAUGCCACCACAAAUAUUCAAAACCCACCAUGGGCACUCCCUACAAACUGCAUAUUACUGCAGUUAACAAAAUUCAAAAAAGAAAUCACUCCAAUUUCAAUGUAUCUCCAGCAUUCCAAUGUAUAUUUCCAAUGUAUAUACGCAGCAAAUACCACGACUGGUCUACCUUAUAUACUGACGGCUCCAAAUAUAAGGACAUAACCGCAUAUAGCGUCGUU